UUCGUGGUGGAGACCAUCUGCAUCUGCUGGUUCUCCUUCGAGCUGCUGGUGCGCUUCUUGUCCUCGCCCAGCAAGGCCCGCUUCUUCCGGGACAUCAUGAACAUGAUCGACUUCGUGGCCAUCAUCCCCUACUUCGUGACGCUGGGCACGGAGCUGGCGCGCGCCCCCGGCGGCACCCCCGCCAUGUCGCUGGCCAUCAUACGCGUCAUCCGGCUGGUGCGCGUCUUCCGGAUCUUCAAGCUGUCGCGCCACUCCAAGGGCCUGCAGAUCCUGGGCCAGACGCUGAAGGCCAGCAUGCGCGAGCUGGGCCUGCUCAUCUUCUUCCUCUUCAUCGGCGUCAUCCUCUUCUCCAGCGCCGUCUACUUCGCCGAGGCCGACCACCAGGACACCACCUUCACCAGCAUCCCCGAGGCCUUCUGGUGGGCCGUGGUCACCAUGACCACAGUGGGCUAUGGGGACAUGUACCCCGUGACGGUCGGGGGCAAGCUGGUGGGCUCGCUGUGCGCCAUCGCGGGCGUGCUGACCAUCUCCCUGCCCGUGCCGGUCAUCGUGUCCAACUUCAGCUACUUCUACCACCGGGAGACGGAGUGCGGCGACGAGACGCAGUACACGCACGUGCGCACCCUGCUCUGGGAGGGGGACGAGGAGGACGAGGAGGAGGAGGAGGAGGAGGAGGGGGGGGGCGAGGAGGAGGAGGAGUUGUCCAGGCAUGGAUACAGCUCCCGCCCCAGACGAGCCAGGAGAAAUUGGUCCCGUUUCGCCACUAACGAGCUGAUUCUGCCCACUCAGACCCCAGACCGCCCCCCCGCCUCGCUGUGGAGUCGCGCUGGAGUGCCACCUAGUGCACGGCGCCGGUAUCGCGGGUGUGCUCAGACCCCAGCGGAGCGGGAGAGCCCCUCGGAACAGGCCCGCUCGCACCUGGGAGUUCUUGGGGGGGGCGCUCGUCUGGACCGGAGGGUCCGCGGGCCCCUAGCCCGGCCCGGACCCAGGUGGACGGAGCUCCGAGCGGUCAAGCCCGGGCAAGGGGCUCAAAGGGAAGCCCCGCUCGCCGGGGGCAGUGGGGGGGGGGCGGGGUGUGAGACUCGAAUCUCUCGCCCAACCCCAGCGCACCCCUGUGGAAACAGCCCCGCCUCCAGCGCGCUUACAGAGAGACCCCAGGGCAGCGGGAAACACGCUCAGACAAAGAGGACACCAGUGGACACCAGCGAGCCCCAGGAGACUGCCCUGCGAGGUACAAGCAGGGCGUUUCGGAGUGCCUGUCUGGGCACCCGCGCCUGCGGUGGAAGAGGGGAUCUCUCCGGGCUCCCUCAGGAAGUGGGAGGUGUUGGUCCCAGUAGGCUGAGAGAGCCGGUGAGCCCUCGGACCAGCGACGUGUGA